AUGUCGACGGGGCCGCCGCCUUUUGCUGCGGACCUUGCUCCUCCAUCGAUAUCAAAUGGUCACACUCACAGCCACAGUCGUGGUCGCGGACACAAUCGGUCCCGCUAUGGACACACGCCGCCCCCUCCUCUGUCCCUCGGAGGAUCAAAUGUGAACGGAUCGACUAUUCCAGAGACAACGACGGCCACGAAUGGAAGCUAUGCUUAUGGCCAUGCCUCUCACAAUUCGACAUCCCAUAUGCACCAGCACACGGACUCCCACUCGUCAUCGCACGUCCAUCACGACCACGAUCACGACCACGGCCAUAACCAUAGCCACAGCCACAGUCAUAGCCAUGCCCACGCGCAUGCUCAAAACCACAGCGUAGCCUCUAUUCAUGAUGUGUCGCAUGAUCACGAUGUGAAGCCGAUGACAACAAGCUAUACGGAUAGCCGUCCCAACCAACUACAUGAGAUUCUUGCUGGUGCUCUUAUCGCAUCCCCUUGGAUUGCACUGUCUUGGUAUCCACGGAAGUGCGCAGAAGCGUGUCAAGCUCCCAGCGCCGCGGCGAAAGCUAGUUCAAUGGGAAUCGGACAAGCUGGACAGAAGGCUAGCGUCCUGACCGCAUUCGCCCUCAUAAUCUUUGGAGGGGUGCAACUUCUGCGGAAGAAUCAAGCAAACGGCCCCGCUUCGUCUGUAAAGUCCCCUGCACUUACGGUCAAGACUGCGCAGGCAGCAUUCUUGCAAGUGGUUGCCAUCGGUUUACCGAUUUACGCCGCAAUGAAAGUAGGUGGAUUUUUGGUUGCCUUUGCGUUGCUCCUUGCAACUGCGUCGGGAGUCCCGAAUUUAGUACAAGGAAACCUCCGCAGUGCAGCCUCUGAGAAGUAUAGCCGAAAGAAGUUGACAAUUGCGCUUCUGGGUUUCGUGAUGGUAUUGAGUUUCUUUGGUUUGAACAAGCCAUGGGACUCUUCCCCAUUCAUGGGAUAUCUAGCGCUUUUGAUAUCCGUCUUUGUACUUUCUCCGCCCUUCCCAUCUCUUCGCCACCAAGGGCCUAUUCCCGAGCCUGGUCUUGUUGCGGAAUCGAUAUCCAAGACAAAAUCAUCCGCGGUGAACCAAGCAGGUAUUGUGGUCACGACGGAUGCUCCUUUAGCUCUGCUUUCAGGGUCAGGUUUGCUUAUUUUGGCUGCAAUGUUCUCCCGUGGGCUACCAUUCGAGCCAUCGGAUUUGAUCUACAUGCUCGUGCCUAGUGGACUGUUGGCGAUCUCCUUGAUGUUCUCAUUCCCAAGUGGCAUUCGUUCUCCUAACAAAAAUGGCUUGGCCAUCUGCACUGGAGCCGCAGCUCUCCUUUGCUCGCCUCAUAUUCGAGAUGAAAUUGUGCCCGUUUAUGCGGCACGCUGCGUCUUGACCGGCAUCUCAUUCUUCGCUUCAAAGAUGGAUGAUAGCCACCUUCGACUUAAUGAUCAAUCACACAAUCACAAUCAUCAUUCUCACUCACAUUCCAUAGCCCCGGAAUCCACAACUCGAGUCACAAAAUGGCUUAUUCACCGCAGUGAAGCAUAUCCCCUACUUCAUAGCAUUGUUAGAGAAAAGGAUUCUCGCAGUAUUUUCUACUUUAUGUGUCUCAAUUUCGCAUUCAUGCUUGUCCAGUUAUCAUACGGCUUCAUUACUGGAUCACUCGGACUUCUUAGCGACAGCAUUCACAUGUUUUUUGAUUGUCUGGCUCUGGUAGUCGGUCUUUGUGCUGCAGUGAUGAGCAAGUGGCCACCAAAUGCUAGCUUUCCAUACGGUUACGGCAAGGUCGAUACAUUGUCUGGCUUUGCUAAUGGCAUCUUUCUCAUGAUUAUCAGCGUGGAGAUCAUAUACGAGGCUGUAGAAAGGCUCUCCUCGGGUAGCGAAAUGCACCGCAUCGGUGAAUUACUGGCUGUCAGCUUUGCCGGACUCCUCGUCAACCUGGUUGGUAUUUUCAGCUUCGAGCACGGUCACCACCACGGCCAUGACCAUGGCCAUGACCACUCUCAUGGUAACGAAAACAUGCAUGGUAUCUUCUUGCACAUUCUUGCCGACACACUGGGCUCUGUGGCUGUAGUAAUCUCCACCAUUCUUGUGCAUUACUCUGGAUGGUCCGGUUACGAUCCUCUGGCCUCAUGCUUCAUUGCGAUUUUGAUCUUUGCCUCUGCCGUUCCGCUAGUCAUUAGUACAGCCAAGACUUUGCUUCUGGCUUUGCCUGCGGAUACAGAAUACAAUGUGCGUGAAACGCUUGCUGGAGUCAGUACAUUACGGGGUGUUGUUGGAUAUACUGUGCCAAAGUUCUGGCUCGACGAUACUGGGCCCUCUGCGGAGCAUUCUCACGAUCACGAUCAUUCUCAUGGCCAGGCAAGCUGUGGUCAUGCCGAGCCUCAUACUCACUCUCACAGUCACGACCAUGAACAUAGUCACGACCACCAUGAACACCAUGACCAUGGCCACGACCACGCCCACGCCCACGACCAUGAUCAUGAUCAUGAAGCCAAAGCACAAAAACUUUUCGGUGUGAUUCAUGUCAUUGCCUCCCGUGGUUCUGAUCUCGAAGAUGUGCGCCAGAGAACGGUGAGCUAUCUCAAAGACAAAGGCAUGGAUAUUGUGGUCCAGGUAGAACGUGAUGGAGAAGGCCGUUGUUGGUGUGGUGGAGGCACCAAAACCUCUUGA